UAUUAAUUGAUAUUAUCACGAGAAAAUUUAGGUAGAUUGAAUUCCGUGUACAGACUAAUCGUCACAGGAUGGGCAGGGAAACGUGUGUGAGUGCACAGGAAUCUCGACUGGUCACUCGAUCUUAAACAGACGCCAUUCGUUUUGGCGGGCACGUGUAUACCGGUGUUGGCAUAAAAGACCGUCUCCCCACAAUUACGCCGAUAUCUAGUAUUUUCCGUAACCGAUGAACAACAUUACAUCGAAAAUGGAGUCCAUGGAAGUAUCAGAGACCGCUGCUCCUGCAUCAAACAAGGAUACCAUCCCAUCCUCCUGCAAAGAGUCUGUCUCUGUGGAGGACAUGACAUCGCGUGAUUAUUAUUUCGAUUCGUAUGCUCACUAUGGAAUUCACGAAGAAAUGCUGAAAGAUGAAGUACGUACGGUGACGUAUCGUAACUCCAUGUAUCAUAAUAAACAUCUUUUCAAAGGAAAAACCGUUCUUGACAUUGGUUGUGGAACUGGUAUUCUUUCGAUGUUUGCUGCUAAAGCUGGAGCAGCUAAAGUUAUUGGUAUCGAAUGUUCUAAUAUUGUUGAAUAUGCAGAAAAGAUUGUAGAAGCAAAUCAAUUGUCGAAUGUUAUAACAAUACUUAAAGGAAAGGUAGAGGAGGUAUCAUUACCAGAUGGCAUAGAAAAGGUUGAUAUAAUUAUUUCCGAAUGGAUGGGCUAUUGCCUGUUUUAUGAAUCCAUGCUGGACACAGUGCUUUUUGCUAGAGAUAAAUGGCUUCGCGAGGAUGGUAUGUUAUUCCCUGACAAAGCAACACUAUUUAUUUGUGGCAUCGAAGACAGACAAUACAAAGAUGAGAAGAUAAACUGGUGGGACGAUGUAUACGGAUUUGAUAUGAGUAGUAUAAGGAAAGUGGCGAUUAGCGAACCUCUGGUGGACGUUGUAGAUCCUAAACAAGUUGUUACAAAUGCGUGUCUAAUCAAGGAGGUUGAUUUGUACACGGUAACAAAAGCUGAUUUAGAGUUCUCCUCUCCAUUUACUCUACAAGUUCGUAGAAACGACUAUGUUCAAGCACUAGUUACAUUCUUCAACAUCGAAUUCACCAAGUGCCACAAACGUAUUGGAUUCAGUACAGCGCCAGAAGUACAGUACACUCACUGGAAACAAACUGUAUUCUACUUUGAUGAAUAUAUGACAGUCAAGAAGGGAGAAGAAAUAUAUGGUGUAUUUUCUAUGAAGCCUAACGCAAGGAACUACAGAGAUCUGGAUUUCAGCAUUGAACUGGACUUUAAAGGGGAAUUGUGCCAAGUACACGAAACUAAUACUUAUCGUAUGCGCUGAUACCUAUAAGAUGAUACACAUCUUCUUCCUUCUAUUUUCGUGGAUCAUAAAACUGUGUAAUCAAAUAGAACAUCGGGACAUUGAUUAUUAUUGACUUAGAUGAUUUAAUAAUGUUCAAUAGUACGGUACAAUGAAUGGUAUUAUGAAUUAUUUAAAUGAUUUUAACGCAUAUGUAAUACUAAGAAACUUAGAGACUUCGCGCUGAAGAAGCUCCGUUAAUCCGGUUAGAGUUUGCAAUAGGAUAUACUGCA